UUUAAAUUCGGGUUCGAUAUUCACAAUUCUCCAUCCGAACUUCCUCGAAAUAUGCCAGGGAAGGAUAUGGCACGUGCGUCUUGUGGUCGUGAUUUUCACUGCUGUCCCGACAUUAACACAGCAGUAGAGACUGCAUGUAAAUCAGGGUUUGAUUUUGUUUGCUUGCCCAUCGUGAAUCCAAGAUACAAACGUGAAUUUAUUCAUGGACCAGCUAAGAAUCGCCCUGGUCCACUUACUAGAUCUGAUCUCGCUUUAUCUGGCCAAGACUGGAGUACAUUGAUUGUUGGGAAAACAUCACCAUGGUUACAGCUUGACUCCAGAGUGGAAGUCAUCCGCAAGAACUCAGAAGCUGGAUUUAAGCAGGAGCUUGCCUUCGCCAGCCAUCUUGGACUCCCAGCCAUACUGAUCCAACUGAAGCACGGUAGGAAUGCUAACCUGGCGCGGUGCUUGAGUGAACAACUUCAAGCUGCUUAUUUCCAGCAGCAAUACUGGAUACAGAUCCCACUAGUGUCAGCUCGGGAUCAGGCAGAGAAUCUGAUAGAGGGACAGUUAGAGGAGGAGGAAAGAGAACCACAGGACAACACCUGGAAAUGGUGGCAUGAGUUCAGGACUCUGUGCGACUCUCACAGAAGAAUCAGUGUUGUGCUGGAGGUUUCAGCCAAUCUGCCGUCAGAAGAGGUCCUAGAAAGAUGGUUGGCUGAACCAAUCAAAUGUGCUGUUGUAUCCACCAGUCUGUUCCUGACCAAUAAGAGAGGAUAUCCUGUGUUAUCAAAACCACAUCAAAACUUCCUUAAAAAAUUAUUUAAGCUGGAAAUUCAGAUCAUUUUGAGUGGAGCAGACAGACACCCGGACAAAGGUCUCCACACCUACCAACAGUACCUAGAUCACCUGUGGCAGACGCGGUCCCCACCUGACCCCAUAACCCAGUUUGCCAAGGGAUACGAGGAUUACCUUCAAAGUCCACUACAGCCACUGAUGGACAACUUAGAGUCCCAGACUUAUGAAAUAUUUGAGAAGGAUCCAGUCAAGUAUUCCCAGUAUCAGAAGGCUGUGUAUUAUGCCCUUCUUGGUAAAAUCAAACCUGAGGAAAAAGAAACAAAGAGUGUUGUUUUGAUGGUGGUAGGGGCAGGUAGGGGGCCCCUGGUGAGGGCCUCAAUAGCGGCAUCCCAUCAGGCUGACCGAAAAAUCCGCAAGGUGUACGCCGUGGAGAAAAACCCCAAUGCUGUGGUAACGUUGGAGAACAUGAAGGAGGAGAUGUGGGGGGACCUGGUUGAGGUGGUGUCAUGUGACAUGCGGCUCUGGGAGGCUCCGGAGAAGGCGGACAUCUUGGUCAGUGAACUGCUUGGUUCGUUUGGAGAUAAUGAACUCUCCCCAGAAUGUCUAGAUGGAGCACAAAGAUUUUUACAAGAUGAUGGCAUCAGUAUACCUUGUGAGUAUACAUCCUAUAUGUCACCACUGAUGUCUGAGAAACUUUACAAUGAGGUCCGAGUGUGUAAAGAUAACACGGGGUCUAACAAACCUAUUGACCAUAACUUUGAGACUCCAUAUGUUGUUAGACUUCACAAUUGUAAGGAGUUAGCCCCUCCACAAGAAGUCUUCAAAUUCAGGCACCCAAAUAGGGAUGCAGUCAUUGACAAUAGUCGUUACGCUUCACUGGAGUUUGACAUUAAUCAGGAUGCAAUCAUCCAUGGCUUUGCCGGAUACUUUGACACUGUUCUUUAUGAUAAUAUUACACUGAGUAUACAUCCAGAGACCCAUUCUCCAGGCAUGUUUAGCUGGUUCCCCAUCCUAUUUCCUAUCAAGACCCCAGUUUAUGUGAAGAAAGAUGACCAGGUCAUACUUCACAUCUGGAGAAGCUGUACUGCCAAGAAUGUCUGGUAUGAGUGGACCAUGGUAGAGCCCACAGUCCUACCGAUCCACAAUCCAAAGGGGCGGUCCUACACUAUAGGAUUGUAGGACCCAGCAGUCCAUAUCUACAUCUUAAAGGAGUAUUCUACAACUUAGGACUGUAGGACUAAGUCAAAUAUAACAGACAGUCAUACCCAUCCCCAACCCAAAGGAAUGCUCCUGAAUGAAAUAAAUGUUGUUGCUAACGAAAUCUUCAAAAGAUUAUUCUUAGUCAUGAUGAAAGAUCUGUAACUUUUAGAACUAUUCACUUCAAUGCAAUUAAAUUUCAUUUUAUGAUGCAUAUUAAAAGUUUAUUGUAAUUAA